ACGCCGCCCCAGAAGGCGCCCGCCCGCCCUUCCUUCCUUCUCCGCCGCCUUACCUGCGCGGCUGCCUCUGUCAUCCGAGGGGCGGAGAAGGGCCAGCAGUCCCAGCCCCAGCCCCAGCCCCGGGAGCCGGACUGGGCUGGCCUGGGAGGAGGAGGAGGAGGAGGAGGAGGAGGAAGCGUCGGCCGCAGCCAUGACCGACAACAUCCCCUUGCAGCCGGUCAGGCAGAAGAAGCGCAUGGACAACAAACACCGAGGAGGGUGUUGUGAGUGCCUAAGAUGUUGUGGAAGAAGAGACCCGAGGCCUCGAACAGUUUGGCUUGGCCAUCCAGAAAAAAGAGACCAGAGGUACCCACGCAAUGUCAUCAACAACCAGAAAUACAACUUCUUUACUUUUUUACCAGGGGUACUUUUCAAUCAAUUCAAGUACUUCUUCAAUCUCUACUUCUUAUUUCUGGCCUGUUCUCAAUUUGUUCCUGAAAUGAGGCUUGGUGCACUUUACACAUAUUGGGUUCCAUUGGGGUUUGUGCUCGCUGUUACUAUCAUCCGUGAGGCUGUGGAAGAGAUCCGAUGCUACAUGCGUGACAAGGAAGUGAAUUCCCAGAUCUACAGCAAACUCACAGCAAGAGGGACAGUGAAGGUGAAAAGUUCCAGUAUUCAAGUGGGCGACCUUAUCAUUGUGGAAAAAAACCAGCGUGUGCCUGCUGACAUGAUCUUCCUAAGGACUUCAGAGAAGAAUGGUUCCUGCUUUCUCCGUACGGAUCAGCUAGAUGGUGAAACGGACUGGAAGUUACGCCUGCCAGUCAGCUGUACUCAGAGGUUACCCACUGCUUCAGACCUUCUUCAGAUCCGGUCAUAUGUGUAUGCAGAGGAACCAAACAUUGACAUCCACAACUUUGUUGGAACAUUCACUAGAGAGGAUAGUGAUCCGCCUGUGAAUGAGAGCUUAAGCAUUGAAAAUACCCUUUGGGCCAGCACAGUCAUUGCUUCAGGAACAGUUGUGGGAGUUGUUCUGUACACAGGCCGGGAACUGCGCAGUGUCAUGAACACAUCUAAUCCAAGGAAUAAGAUUGGCCUUUUUGACUUGGAAGUGAACUGCCUCACCAAGAUUCUCUUUGGGGCCUUGGUGGUAGUGUCUCUUGUCAUGGUUGCUCUCCAACACUUUGCUGGCCGCUGGUACCUUCAGAUCAUCAGAUUUCUUCUUCUUUUCUCAAAUAUAAUUCCAAUUAGUUUAAGGGUAAAUCUUGACAUGGGGAAAAUAGUCUACAGCUGGAUGAUCCGGAGGGAUUCUAAAAUUCCUGGCACUGUAGUUCGAUCAAGCACAAUCCCAGAACAACUAGGAAGAAUAUCCUAUUUGCUCACAGAUAAAACAGGAACCCUAACGCAGAAUGAAAUGGUUUUCAAACGCCUUCAUCUUGGAACAGUGUCUUAUGGAAUAGACUCUAUGGAUGAAGUUCAGAGCCAUAUAUUUAGUAUAUAUACCCAGCAGUCGCAUGAGCCACCUGCUCUGAAAGGCCCUACUCUGGCUACCAAAGUCCGGAAAACUCUAAGCAGCCGUGUCCACGAAGCUGUGAAAGCAAUUGCCCUGUGUCACAAUGUAACUCCUGUGUAUGAAUCAAAUGGUGUGACAGAUCAGGCUGAAGCUGAGAGGCACUAUGAAGAUUCUUGCAGAGUGUAUCAAGCUGCUAGUCCUGAUGAGGUGGCCCUGGUACAGUGGACUGAAAGUGUAGGCUUAACAUUGGUUGGCCGGGACCAGUCUUCUGUACAACUGAGGACUCCAGGUGGUCAUAUCUUAAACUACACCAUCCUCCAGAUCUUCCCAUUCACAUAUGAAAGCAAACGGAUGGGAAUCAUUGUUCGGGAUGAAUCUACAGGAGAAAUAACAUUCUACAUGAAAGGGGCUGAUGUUGUGAUGGCUGGUAUUGUUCAAUACAAUGACUGGCUUGAGGAAGAGUGUGGUAAUAUGGCAAGGGAAGGAUUAAGAGUUCUUGUUGUGGCAAAGAAAUCCCUGACUGAGGAACAAUAUCAAGAUUUUGAGGCUCGCUACGUCCAAGCAAAGCUGAGUGUCCAUGACCGUUCCUUGAAAGUAGCCACUGUUAUAGAAAGCCUGGAGAUGGAGAUGGAGCUGCUCUGCCUAACUGGAGUGGAGGAUCAACUGCAGGCAGAUGUGAGGCCAACUCUAGAAACUCUGAGAAAUGCAGGCAUUAAGGUAUGGAUGCUCACAGGUGAUAAACUAGAAACAGCCACAUGUACAGCUAAGAAUGCACAUCUGGUAACCAGGACCCAGGACAUUCAUAUAUUUAGACUGGUGACCAAUCGUGGAGAAGCUCACUUGGAGCUUAAUGCUUUCCGCCGCAAGCAUGACUGUGCCCUUGUGAUUUCUGGUGAUUCCUUGGAGGUGUGCUUGAAAUACUACGAGUAUGAAUUCAUGGAAUUGGCAUGCCAAUGUCCAGCAGUGGUUUGCUGCAGGUGUGCCCCAACACAGAAGGCUCAGAUUGUACGAUUGCUCCAGGAGAGAACUGGGAAGUUGACCUGUGCAGUAGGUGAUGGUGGCAAUGAUGUCAGUAUGAUUCAGGAGGCGGACUGUGGAGUUGGGGUUGAAGGAAGGGAAGGAAAGCAAGCAUCCCUUGCAGCAGACUUCUCCAUCACACAGUUUAAGCAUCUGGGUCGUUUACUGAUGGUACAUGGGAGGAACAGCUAUAAACGAUCUGCAGCUCUCAGCCAGUUUGUGAUCCACAGAAGCUUGUGCAUUAGUACAAUGCAGGCUGUCUUCUCUUCAGUGUUCUACUUUGCUUCAGUCCCCCUCUACCAGGGCUUCCUCAUUAUUGGGUACUCUACUAUCUAUACCAUGUUUCCAGUGUUCUCACUCGUUCUGGACAAAGAUGUCAAAUCAGAAGUUGCCAUGCUUUACCCAGAGCUUUACAAAGAUCUUCUAAAGGGAAGGCCAUUAUCAUACAAGACAUUUUUGAUAUGGGUUUUGAUAAGUAUCUACCAAGGGAGUAUCAUCAUGUAUGGUGCACUCCUGCUGUUUGAAUCAGAGUUUGUCCACAUUGUGGCAAUUUCCUUCACAUCCUUGAUCCUCACUGAACUGUUGAUGGUGGCACUGACAAUCCAGACCUGGCACUGGCUCAUGAUAGUAGCAGAAUUACUCAGUCUUUCCUGCUACAUUGCCUCAUUGGUCUUCUUACAUGAGUUUAUUGAUGUUUACUUCAUUGCAACCUUGUCAUUCUUGUGGAAAGUGACAGUAAUCACUCUGGUCAGCUGCCUUCCUCUCUACGUCCUAAAGUACCUGAGGCGAAGGUUUUCUCCCCCAAGCUAUUCGAAACUCACAUCAUAGGUGGCUCUACCAAUGGAACAAGAACUCUGUUCUUUGUUUUUGCACAAUACUCAUAAACAAAAUCAGUGUGUGUUCAUCAUGGUAUCAGCUUUGUCCAGUGGUUGCAUACGGAUCAUACAUUGACUGAGGAAUGUUUCUGAAAAAAACUGAAUAGCAUGCAGUUAAGCAGUAAAGUAGCAGUCAAAUAAGCUGAGAGACUAUAACAUAGCGGCGAAACUGGCCACUCCUGACAAAGCCGCACGCUGCAGCCCCAAUCUGGACAGAAUCCAGGCCAAAUAGGAGCAGCAAAGAGAUGCUCCUAUUUGGGGUGGAUUGAAGCUAUCUCAUCACAGCUUCAGACAGCUUCCAGCUGGCUUGGGGACCUGUGGUGUCUAAACACCAUGCUCCCAAGUCGCCCAGCACGACUUUCGGGUGACUUGGGAAUGUGGCGCAUGUAAACAUCACACCCCCCAGCCUGACUUGAAGCCGGCUGAAGCUGCCAGUCUGUUCCAGCCCAUAGAUGAACUAGGUUUGUCACUUUAUAUUUAUUAAACUGAGAACAAAUGCAUGUAACUGGAAAGAAAAGUCGUCUUCUAGUGAGUAGUCAGCUUCCCUGACAAAAAAUAAAAUAAAAAUAAAAUAAUUUUUCCCCUCCUUCCUUUUUUUAAAAUCCUCAUGUUGUUUUAUAUUACAGUUUAUUUUGUUCAGGUCCUAGUUAUUUUGUGUGUCUUGGAAAAUGCUUCCAAAUGGGUGACAUAACAGGCAGCUGUUAAUGUAUGGUGCCAUGCAGAUUUCUUUUGAUGGGUUCCAAGACAAACCAGAGUUGCACAUUUCAACUAGUUAAGGUUUUCUUUAAUCCCUUUAAAGAAAACAACAUCCCACAAUGAGUCUUCCCUGCUGUGAUAUUGCCCAAUUAUUUUUAAAAGGGAAUUGAUGUUGGCAAAGAGGGGAAAAUCCAUUUUAUUCAGUGGAAGUGUGUUCUUGGGAUAAUUUUGUGGCAUUCAGGUCAGCUGCACAAUGUGACCUGGUUACCGAAGGUUGGAAUGACCCAUUCAAAAGCAGACAUGGGGUUCUCACUCCAUGUUUGACUAAUGAACAUGAAAGCCGGAGGCCAUUUGCAGGGAAGAAACAGAGAAAGACAUGUCAACUUCUAUGUCUAAACCAGUUGUUAAUUCCACCUAGAGUAGACCAGUUGAAUCAAUGGAAUCUAUGUACACUUUGACUUACUGAAUUGCCAUUGUUUCAGUUUGUCUACUAUACAUAAAACUAACAGUUGAAUUUAGGCCUUAGUACCUAUUCACACAGAGACACACACCCAAUCCAAGUUCGCUUUUCUGGUUUACUCCCACUUAUUCUGAGGCUAAAAGUAAGUCUGGCCAGAGAUAUGAAGGAGCAAAUGUAAAAUACAGUAGAAGUAAAAUUAAGCACCCUGUCCUCUUACUGCUUCUUUCCUGAAAAAAUCUGACCCUCAUAGACAAAAUACAUAUUUGCUUUGAUAAUGUUUAUUUCAUUCUAAUAUGUGGGCUGCUGGAACCAUUCAAUAUAAUAUAAAGGUUGACUGGUCAUUCAAUAGCUCUGGCAAACAAACCAGGUUUUUGCUACUUCCUGUUGUCCUCUGCCUUGAUAGGUUCUAAUGUUUGCUGGCUAUAUACAACCAGGUAACUUGGUAACUAGGACUAGGAAGGGUAACAUAUGUUUGGGAUAGAUGACUGCCCCAGGCCUAGUUCAGAAGAUAGGGCUUAACUGGGUGACAAUAUUACAAUAACAACUUCGAUCUUGGGAAGAAAAAUUGCUGCUAAUUGUCUUUUUUUAAAAAAACACCACUCUCUGAAAUUUAAUUCCACAGAAACUUAACAGAUGCAUUAAGAAUAAUUGGAAUUGAAAGGGAAAGGUCAUGGGAUUCUUGUUAUUUACUAUAAAACCUUUUAGAAAAUGUUUCCUGUUAACGCCAAGCUGCAUAUAGAGCACUGGAACGUACCACUUCAGACUGCAGUUGGAGAGCCACUGUUGAAUUUUCCUCCCCGUAUUUAAGACCAAAACGAAUCAAACACUUUACUUCUUAUCAAAAAGCAUAUCAGGAAGAAGGCUGGAAAUUCCUUUUUUCCUACAUAGUAGCUUCCUGUGGAGGGUUUUUAUAUGUGUCAACUUUUAGAAAUGUUACCUUGUUUCUCCAGUGGCAAGGUCCAGAAAAGAAAUUUUUUUGAAUAAAAUUGCGCUCUCGAGCCACAUAAAUGAAGGAACUGAAAAUAAAAUUAGACAUUUUUCUGUAAUACUAAAUCCUGUGAACAGCUCAUGGUUUAUCCUGGAUUUGCAUUGUUCUGUGCAGAAAUGUGUAAAUAGGACUUCAGAAUACAAGAAAAAGAUCUGUUUAGCAAUGGACUACUGCCAGCAUAGUGUAGUGGUUUGAGUAUUGCACUGUGACUCUGGAGACCACGGUUUGAAUCUCCACUGAGCCAUGGAAACCUACUGGGUGAUCUUGGACAGGUCACACUCCCCCAGCCUCAAGGGAUGACCCUGGCAAACCCCCUCUGAAGAAACUUGCCAAGAAAACCCCAUGAUAGGUUCACCUUAGGGUCACCAUUUGUCAGAAGUAACUUGAAGAUACACAACAACACACUGAUAUUCCAAAGAAAAAGGAUCUUGUCCCCCACUACCAGUUUUAUAUUUAAGAGCUGUGAGACAUAAGGAUGUAGGAAAAGGAAAUUUCCAAUGCACUUAACUUGAUCUGGGAUGAGUGAAGCAAUUGUAGGUCAUAUGGCUAUAUUCUUUUACACUGUCAAAAGGAUCUUUGGCAAAUAGUUUAAAGAGAAAUGGCAAUUUAAAAUAAAUCCAGCCAAAUUACUGGGAGUGGAAGCACUUAAGUCUACCUAAGAUCCAUUGAUGUGAGAUUUAAGCACACCUAGCCAUGGAAUGUAACCACUGCUUUUGUCUAUUCUCUCUAUAUUUGGGGGACAAAAAGCCAGCAAUGCAGCAUUGUCAGUGGCCAGGAAAUUUAUAUUUAUCUACAGUAUCUUUCCUUUACUUCCUUUUACAGGUUGUCUUUGUAUUAUCUUUAUAUAAUACCUCCUGGAGUGUAUGUAAGAAUGUCCUUUUCCUGCACAUGUAUGAUUAAUAUUAUCAGAAGAUGAACAAAAUCUUGUUAGUAUAAAUGAUGGAUUUAACCAAUUGUUUUCAAAUCACUGCUGUUUACACUGAACAAUCACAGUGCCAUGAGUGUCUAUAUUAACAAAUCCAACAAGAAAGGGAAUUAAUUGUAAUUAGGUUCAGUAAUAUUUAUUGGACUAAUGACUAUGGAACUCUUAUUUAGUGACAGUUAACUGUUAAAUAAUAAUUCCUUGUGUAAGACAUACUAUGGAAUCUGUAUGAUCUGUUGUUCUUUUGUACCUAAUGUCUUGCACAUAGUUGUAAUCUGUGAAGUAUCUUCUCUCUGAGAGUAGGUUGUUAUAUAAUUUCAUAGGUGUUUUGUAGGUGGGUUUUGGUUUGUUUUUUUAAAGUGUUCAGAAAAGCAAAUUAUACAACAAGCUGGUGGCACAAGUUGAUUUUUAAAAUUAUGAUUACUUGUAUUAUUAUAAUAGCAUGUUUGGGUGGCGGCAAAAUUAUCUCACUUUGGGAGAAAAUUGUACAUACAGAUGGAGUCUAUGGAAGAAAAAAACUGAUGGGGAAAGUUCUUUCAUAAAUUACUUUAAUUUUGUCUAAUCUGGCAAUCCUUAUAUCUGGUGGGGGCACUUCACAACCCAACUCAUCUAAACUAGAAGCUGCAUGAAGAUACAGCUGAGAAUUAGUUUGUUUCAACUAAGAUUGUCCUGGCAAACAUCCUUAUGGAUUAUGUUUUAGAUCUUGCGUGAUAUGAGAGAGCUUGGCAACUUCUGCCUAAAAUGGAGAAAUACUUGUGGUUAUAUAUUGCUUUAUGGAGAUUGCUGAUAAAUACUAAUUCUCUUUGUGGCUGGUUACUAAAAAGACUAUUUAUUUUUGCACUGAUACAGUGAUCUUCUUUUCAUGUUGUUAUUUCAUUAAAUAGACGCAGUAUCUUAAGUUUUGAUACAUCAUCGGCUAGUCUCUGUCUCCUCCCAUCUCUGAAUCAUAUGUUUACACAUUCUUUCCUACACUUUUCUACAGGCAACAGAAUACAUUUGCAAUCAUAUGCACACUUACUUGGGAAUAAAUGCUAUUGAACUUAAUGGAGCUUAUGCCAAAGUAAGCAUUUAGAAGAUUGGGCUGGAAAAGCUACACUUUUACGUUAGUCAUAAUAGUGAACAAUCCAGAGGUAGAAGUACCAUAUCCUUCCUUCAAUCAGAGGUUGGAAUGAGGUACUGGUUACUUCGGUGCAAAAUCUUUCUUCCUCCCCCCUAAAAAAAGUAAUCCGUAGAGGAGAAAGGAAGCACCUAGCUUGCCAAUUAGUUUAUUUAUUUAAUGAACAAUCAUAACUACCCCCACUCUUUAGUGGUCAGUGUCUCCAUUUUUCCCCCUUAGGAAUUGCUUCGGGCUUUGUGUAGAGAAACUGUAAGGUUAAACCCCAGUGAUGACAGGCACAAUUCAUUAGGUGCUAUGUCACUUGUUAAGCCACACUGCACACUGCAUUUACAGUCGCAUUGAAUGUGAUAUCCAGGAAGGGAGGCAACUGUAUUUUCUCAGCAGCAAGUUCUAGGGAAUUAUUGUACUCACACAGUCCUUGGAACAAUUCAAAUUUAUUACAUGUACAAAAACAUGGGGCUUCGCUACAUCAGCCCUUGGCAAAUUGUCUAAUUGCCCUUUGUUACAUUAGGACAAAUAUUUCAUCUCACAGUUCUGGCACUGUGUCUUGAAGAUGGUUGUAUAAGGUAGCAGAAAUGCACAUUUAGUUCCUUCUCCAGCAUCCAUUGAUGACCAUACAAAUCUUUUGAGACUUAAUGCUAAAUACAGAAUCUUCUCCUUGAAAAUUUCCAUAAGACUUUUAAUUUAUAUCAAAUUAUUUAAUGCUGUUCUUGAAUUCCUCAUUUCUUAAUAUAUACAAUCCAACACCAUCCCAGCUUCUUUUCUUAUUACUCUUCCUGUUGCCCUCACACUCCUAAUAGCAAUUUAUGCUAUCAUCUCCAUCACCAAAUUUCCUUUUGGUGGGCUAUAAUUCUUCCUCAUUGCAACAUGUAUUACAGUUGCAUGAGGAACAAUUAUAGCCAGGUUUGUAACUCCAGCAGCUACCAGGAGGACUUGAUGUAUUGGAAGCAGUGAAAGUCCAGUGCAACAUGGCAGACAGUGGAGUUGGUGAUCCAGCACACUGUCAAAUUGAUAGAAUUAAUUAAAAAUGGGAUGGGAUAAUAUUCCUAAGGUUAUACCAUGUCAUGCCACAUAGGAUAUCACGUGUCUUCCCAAAGUAAAGCAUCUUCUAACUUUUACCCAGAUAAAAUUCUGAGUAAAAGGUUAGAGCUAAAUCUUUUUUCCUGCAAUCCUAGCUUUUCACUAGGUUUGAAAAUCCCCAUUCUUGGAUACUCUUGAUAGAACAGUCAUAGGAAAAAAUCCCACAUUUGUCUUUACUAUUUGAACUGGCACUCUAGUAUUAAAAAUCUUUUGUCAACUGUGAUCAUGUUGGUUGCUGUCACUGAAUAAAGUAUGUAUUUCUAUGCCUUCAGAUGUGGAAGAGAAGGACAAACUUUCCUCUUUUGUGUUGGGGAAACAAAUCAAGCUAUUUGUAAUGCUCAUGUUUUAUACUUGUCCUCCUGUCAAUUCAUACAUGCAUAUUCUUGAUGCAAGAGAAAUAUAAUACAAAUUAAUGAUUCAUCAUGUGCAAUUGUGUAUUGCAAAUGUGUAAGAACUUUUAAAAGGGGAAUGAUACGAUAACAGGUAAAAUAAAUAAAUUUUAUGCAACUUCAUACCUAAUUCUCAACUUGGCAGGUGUGAGUUGUUAUCAGUUUGGUCCAAGCUUAAGAUUUUUAACCUCGUAUUGAUUUAUAUGAGUUAAACAUGAACAAGGUGGUGGAUGUUGUGAUAUUUAUGCGCAAAGAGUCCUUUGCCAAAGGGUGUGAAUCAGACACAUUUGAAGGAGAAUAAUAGUGCUAAGGCUGUCUGUACCAGUGAAAAUUGUACUGCUGUUCCAUUUUUUUUCAACGACAACAAAAGACCAGUUUUCUACAAGGGGGUGGGAUGAUAGAAGGAGCAUGAGGAAACUAUAGGAAAGCAUUUUCUGAAUUCCUUCCCUCUCCUCCCAAAAAUUCUGAGAAUGUAUACUGUAACAUGGGUAAUUGUACAAUAAAA